AUGAUGAAUACCCCGCAUGUUUACCCUGCCCCCGAGAGCUGGGAUAACCCACAUUCGGUCGAUGAUACGAACGAUGAUCGCCCGCGGAAACGCCGCAAAUACAUCGCCAAAGCCUGUAAUGGAUGUAAACGUCGCAAAAUCAAGUGCAAUGGCCAGUCACCCUGCCAGCGUUGCGGACGCCAGCAUAUUGAGUGUAUAUACGUUGAGAACCCUCGAGACAGUCCCGCCGAACAAGACAACUUCAAGCUACUUUUCGAUCAAAUGAGGGCCACGCAGGACCAGAUUUCCCAGUUGUCUGCCAGUAUUCGGUCAAUAGCCGGCAGCGAACAUUCUCCUGGGGGUAUUUCCGCUACCGGCACCUAUGGGCAGCUCCAUACUCAGCGUCCACUUAGACGCCUGUCAACAGCUAGAGAGACAUCAUUUCAAGGCCCGACGACAUCGGCCUUUAGUUUUGACCUUGCGAAAUCUAGCCUGCAGCAGCGCGGGAUUGUGGAACGUGCUGAGGCUGGCGACGAGGGCGAUAUGACUCAAGAACCUUCACCGCUGGCGUCGCCAUCGGCACCAAAUAAGGAACUUGAAACACACCAGGCUCUUGAUCCACUUUGUGUUCUUCCCAAAGCCGAGGCACUUCGCCUUUGCCAAGUCUAUGAGGAGGAAAUGGGCAUCAUGUACCCGGUCCUGGAGCUUUCGGAGCUUUUGGACCAGGUUAAUCUUCUCUACGGGCCGAGGGACCGCGCACUUGGACCGACCGCCCAGCCCGAGGGACGGAAUGGACUGUUUCGCGAAGACGUCCAUAUCCUACGUGUAGUUUUUGCGUGUGCGUUGACCGCUGAAGCCAGUGGUCGGAGUGAACAGGCUAUUGCUCUCUUUGACAGUGUACGAGAAGUUCAGGACAAUUGUGUCUGGGGUCCGCCCGAAAUCAAGAGCAUCAUAUUUCUGACUCUCGUGUCAAUGUUCUAUUUUCAAAUAGAUGAGGAAAUUUUAGCGUGGCGCACUGUUGGUAUUGUUGAGCGCAUGUGUCUCGAAAAAGGUCUUCAUCGGCGGGAAACUCUAAAUCAACCGGCAAUCAUGGCUGUUGGGAAAGAUCGCGUUUUGCGACUCUUCUGGUCUGUAUAUAUUUUGGAUAUGCGUUGGAGCUUCGGGACUGGAAUGCCGUUUGCUCUGGAAGAUACAGAUAUUGACCCUUGGCUACCAGAGCCGGCCGAGAAAACGCCCUAUCUGCGCGUGAUGAUCCGGUACAGCCGGAUCGCAGCGAAGGUAUGGAAGUUUAUAUCAGCAUUCAACAACACAAACGAAAUCAAAAAGGAAGAGAUGAACUAUUUGGAUUGGCAGGUGUUGCGUUGGGUGCAUGCCAUUCCAGACUCGUUGCGGCUCGAACAUCCGAGUUCUGCGGAGUCUGAGACUGCUACCGAAGGCUCACGGAGCCUGCGCAGACUGCGUGCUCUCCUUUAUCUUCGUGCUAAUCAGCUACGCAUGCUCAUUCACCGUCCCGUCCUUCAUACUUCAGCGCAUGUUAUGCGGUAUCCAGGCGAAUCAGAAACCGUGGUGAAAAUCGCCAAAGAUACAAUUCGCUUCAUUACCCGCUUGAACGAUACAUCGGACAUCUAUCAUUUACAGCAGGUGGCUUUUAAUUGGUUUCUCGUCUCAGCACUUGCAGCGUUAUUCCUGGCAGUAGCCCAGGCUCCAACACAAUUCAGUGGAUCAUGUAAGGAGGAGUUUUACUGGGCAUUGGAGCUGGUCAAAGGAGUCUCAGCCCAGUCUUAUAUCUCUCGCCGGCUAUGGAGGUCUAUUCGAAGCCUCCGUAAGCUUGGUCCUCAACUGGGUCUGGGGCUUCAGAAAAAGUGCCUGGAUAUCGAAGCGGGAGUCGAAAGUGACCAUUCAAAUGUCCACGGUUCCCCCGCAUUACCCCUUUCUGCCAGUAGCCAGAGUCAGACACCACAAGACGGGGAACAGAUGACACAGGAGUUGAUGGAGUGGUUUGAAGCCGUGGGGAAUCUGGAGGACCAAAUAAUGGGCAUGGGGACGGGCCCUAUGCCAAAUGGAGGACCUUACCAGCAAAUGCCCGACGGGGGGUUUGUGUUUGAUUACGGCGAAGAAUUGUCAAGUGUGAUGAGAGAUUUCUUCUGA